GGCUGACGCACAGUUUUAAGGCGGGCGAGCCGAGGCUGCUGCUCCGUCAUCGGUUUGAGUAUAGGAGCUGUGCAGAUAUUCUAGUGGUUGCUAUGAAGGUGGGAGCUUCGUUGUUGCUGCUUUUGGCAGUAUUUGCUGCCUGCCAUGGGCUCUUACGAAUUCCUUUGAGAAAAUUUCGCUCAAUUCGACGAACCUUCACUGAUUCUGCUAAUAGCAUCGAGGAGCUCCUUGCAGGAGACCAGUACUUCAAAUAUAAUUUGGGCUUUCCACAUAGCAAUGAGCCCACUCCAGAGACAUUGAAAAAUUACCUGGAUGCCCAGUACUAUGGGGAGAUUGAUAUUGGCACACCACCUCAAAACUUCACUGUGGUGUUUGACACUGGUUCCUCCAACCUCUGGGUCCCUUCCAUUCAUUGUUCUCUAACAGACAUUGCUUGCUUGUUGCAUCACAAAUAUAAUUCUGAAAAGUCCAGCACAUACGUGAAGAAUGGGACCGAAUUUGCCAUUCAGUAUGGUUCUGGCAGCCUAUCAGGAUACCUCAGCCAGGACACUGUUACAAUUGGUGAUAUCAAAAUUCAGAAUCAGUUGUUUGGUGAGGCCAUCAAACAGCCUGGUGUGGCUUUCAUUGCUGCUAAAUUUGAUGGUAUUCUCGGCAUGGCCUACCCACGUAUCUCAGUUGACGGUGUUGUUCCAGUGUUCGACAAUAUCAUGAGGCAAAAACUGGUGCAAAGGAAUGUGUUCUCGUUCUAUUUGAACAGGAACCCAGACACACAGCCAGGGGGUGAGCUUCUGUUAGGUGGCACUGAUCCCAAGUACUACACUGGAGAUUUCUACUACUUGAAUGUGACCCGUCAGGCAUACUGGCAGGUCCAAAUGGAUAAAGUUGCCAUUGGUGACACAUUGACUCUGUGUGAAGGAGGCUGCUCAGCUAUUGUAGACACAGGAACUUCUUUAAUCACUGGACCUGCUCAGGAAGUUGCAGCCCUGCAGAAAUCCAUUGGAGCUGUACCACUUACUCAAGGAGAGUACAAGAUUGAUUGUGACAAAGUCGCCUCGCUUCCUCCCAUCGACUUUAUCUUGGGAGGACGGACCUUCUCUCUGACUGGAGAACAGUAUAUCCUUAAGGAAACACAAGCUGGUAUGACUAUCUGCUUAAGUGGAUUCAUAGCCCUUGACAUUCCACCUCCUGCUGGCCCAUUGUGGAUUCUUGGAGAUGUAUUUAUUGGGCAGUACUAUACAGAGUUUGACAGAGACAAUAAUAGGGUUGGAUUUGCAAAGGCUGUGUAACCAUGACUGCCACAUCAACAAUCCAAUAGAAUAUUGAAAAUUGAAGUGCACUAAUGUUCAAAAUCAACUUGCAACGGUAAUAAUGAGAAUCCCUUAGACUAGUAAGUUAUCGCAAUGACUUCCAGGCGUUUGAUAAUGGACGGGUAUGGGCUGAUUACUUUCAAGCUAAUGGAAGAGCAGAAUGCUAGUGAUGUGAUGGGAAUGUAAAAUUGUCUGUUUCAGGGCUUUGGUGAUCCGUUUCACUAUAUGAUAGUACUUGUUUUUAGUUUAAAAUACCUUUUUGUGGUUUGAAUAUUUGUCUCAAUGUAAUAAAUCCACUUUUUGAUGACACACAUGUUUCUAUCCAUUGCUCCAAGUCCCAUUUGCUUUGCUUGAGAUUGACCUUUCUGAUCCCUUUUUACAAAAUGUGAUGUUUAAUACAAUGGAGCAUCACUUGUCAUUAGCUGUAUGUAUUUGUUUUCAAGAAGGCAAAAAUGUCACACUGAUUUGUCAAAGACAUGUACUCCUUAACCCAAUCCAGGAAGAAAUAUUAACCCUAACAGUGAAGGUGCUAAGUGUGAUUUAUCGUGACUUUUGAGGAAGGAUCAAGGGAGAGAAAAAUCAGAAUUUGGCUCUUGCUGAUUCACACUAAAGUGAGGCAAAAGUGGAACCUGCAAAAGGAACCAAAAUAGAAAGUGAAGAAAACUCGGAAGGGAGAAAAAGUGGGAGGGAAAGAUGAGGAAAAACUUGAGUUGUUAAACAAUGGAAGGAUUGUUACAUAAUCUACAUGAUUUUAAUUGUUUUAAGAAUAUUUUGGCAUCUGUUCUGUGGUUGUACUAGAGGUAGAUGUAAUUGAAUAAACUGAAAUACCAACAUGUUA